UCCCCCACAUUUACGACAAUUUAGCAGGCGCGUUUAACCAUGGUAACGAGUUAUUUUACGGCACAACUGCAGCCCGCGCUACCGAAUGAAACAUACUAGCUUCCAACAUGACUUGGCGUUGCUUUAUAUGCUACGUGUUUGUAGCAUUGAGUCUGAGACAACUUUUGAGUCACAUUAAUACCAUGCACAGCCGCAGCCCUGACUUUCGCGUGGUGUGUGGAAUUGAUGGCUGUCCGAGUGAGUACAGAGUAUAUAACUCUUUCUACUAUCACGUAAAGCGGACACACGCGCGUCACCUUCUCGGAGUGGAAGCGGAUGAGGAGGAUGGAUCAACCCGCCACGGUUUACCUGGAGCAGGUGAAAGGACGGCCCCAAUCAACCAAACUAACGCCAGUUCUUCAGUAACUGACGAGGGCUCAAGCAUCCCCGCACUAACGAGUGGAUUUCAAGAAGAUGGAGAGGGUCACCUGAAUCUUGACAUUUAUAAACAUGCAACUGCAUUUCUUCUUCAAGCCAAGGAAACCCAUCGACUGACACAAAGAGCUGUUAACCACAUCGUGAGUGGAAUCCAGCAAUAUCAGGCCGUAUUAUUGGAGCACUUAAAACAACAAAUGAGUGACAUGAUUGAGAGACAUUCUGGGGACCUGGAUCAACUAAAGAGUGAUGCAGUGGGGGUAUUUGACCAGUUUGUUGACCCUUUCACUCAAAUUGCUUCCACACAUUUGCAGGACAAGACCAUCAAAGAACUGUUAAAACCAGUUGAACCAGAGAUUAUUGUCACAAAACAAACAGUCUGUUAUUCGAAGCGUGGAGACUCCAGAGUUCUUGCCAUUAAAGACCAUUGUUUUCAUUACAUACCGUUGUUGAAAAGUUUGGAGCAGCUGCUAUCACAUCCAAGAAUCCUUGCAAUGAUUGAUGAGAGGCCAAAGCCAUGCAAGGAUGGCUUUCUUCAUGAUUUCAUUGAUGGAGACAUUUUUAAGUGGCACCCACUGUUUAUUAAAGUCCCUACAGCAUUACAGUUGAUUUUAUAUACAGAUGAAAUUGAACUAUGCAAUCCUCUUGGAUCUCGGGCAAACAAGAACAAGCUGUUAUUGAUUUAUUACACCUUAGGUAACAUCAGCCCUAAGUACAGAUCAAGACUUCCUGCUAUUCGUCUGCUUGCCAUGGUAAAAUCAAAAGAUCUUUCCCGUUGUGGUAUAGAUGAGAUAUUUGAGAGGAUUAACCGUGACUUAAUUGAGCUGUGUGAUGGUGUCCAAGUUGUCACUGCAAGUGGUGAGAGGACAAUUCAUGGGGCACUCAUAUCUGUGUGUGGAGACACUCUAGCUCAGCAUGAAGUGGCUGGAUUUAAGGAAGGAGUGGGUUUUGCCUACAGUAAAUGCAGGCACUGCGAAUGCCACUUUGAAGACAUGCAGGAAAAAUUUAAUGAAGAUUUUUUUGUUAAAAGGACCAUGGCCAGUCAUAACAGGCAAUGUAAUGACAUUGAGAAGGCAAGUACGGACUUUCUGAAAGACAAACUAAAAAUAACGUAUGGUAUAAACAGGAGAAAUUGA